CAUGGUGUAGAACACGAGUGUCAAACUGGCGGCCCUCCAGCUGUUGCCAAACUACAAGUCCCAUGAGGCAUUGCAAGAUUUACAGUUACAAGCAUGGCUCCCAAAGGCAGAGGCAUGAUGGGACUUGUAGUUUCGCAACAGGUGUAAAGCCGCCAGUUGGACACCCAUGGUGUAGAACACGAGUGUCAAACUGGCGGCCCUCCAGCUGUUGCCAAACUACAAGUCCCAUGAGGCAUUGCACGAUUGACAGUUAAACGCAUGACUCCCAAAGGCAGAGGCAUGAUGGGACUUGUAGUUUCGCAGCAGCUGGAGGGCCACCAGUUUGACACCCCUGGUGUAG